AUGAGCGCUUCCAUCCAUAUACGCCUCCCUCCCGCUUCCUUUUUCCAUUUCCCGCCUUCCCCUCUCCCAGAAACCAUCCCGCCACCCACUGUUUCUCAGCCCACAUGGAAUCAGCCCUUCAACAUCCCUGCGACCCUCUACCGCAAACUUCUAGAACCGCGGGUUCCCUUGACCGUUGCAGCCAUCUAUGCAGCAACCGUUGCCUCUAUCAACCAUGUCAAUAAGCAAAGGGGUAACAGACCAUGGGCUUUUAGUAAAACGAAAGCCUUCAAGAUUUUCGUCAUCCUCCACAAUGUUUUCCUGACCGUCUACUCUCUUUGGACUUUUGCUGGCAUGGCCCAAGCUUUCUAUCAGUCUUGGCCCGAUCGAGCUGAAAAGCACAACUUCGUGAACGUCGUCGAUAUGCUCUGCAAAGUCAACGGUCCCCGUGGUUUGGGAAAUGCUGCCAUAUAUGAUCGCAACGCUGAAAAAUGGACUAUGAUGAGCCCGUUAUACACAUUGGGCCCUGAUGGUGUUCCAGAUCCCACCGACGUCGGCCGUCUUUGGAAUAAAGGAUUGGCCUUUUUCGGCUGGCUUUUCUAUCUCUCCAAGUUCUAUGAAGUUAUCGAUACCGCCAUUAUCCUCGCCAAGGGGAAGAAGAGUUCAACUCUCCAGACUUACCACCACGCCGGCGCCAUGAUGUGUAUGUGGGCUGGAAUGAGAUACAUGGCCGCUCCUAUCUGGAUCUUCGCUCUCUUCAACUCUGCUAUUCACGCUAUGAUGAGGGUUGUCGAAAAGCUAACCGAUUUGGAGUAUUUCUAUUACACAUUAACUGCAUUAUCCGUUCGCGUCCCCUUCAGCAUCAAACGCAGCCUAACCACCAUGCAGAUCACCCAAUUUUUGAUUGGCACUACAUUGGCUGCUUCCUAUCUAUUUAUCUCGUAUACGUUCCCUGUUCCUGUUCUCCACCCGGUUGCUUUGAGCCCCCUUGCUUCCGCUAUCCCCGGCGCCCUUACCGCUGCACCAAAUGAUACUGCUGGCGGUAUAGGGCCCUGGCUCAAAAAACUGGCCCUCCGCGCAGCUGGAGCUCAAGGCAUCGCGGAGAAUGUCCCCAAUACUAAUGGGAAACUAUUUGGUAUAGAUGGAGGUCGCGCGGCACAGGCCGUGCUGGAGAAGCGGGAAAUUCGGUAUGGCUUGGAGUCUCGCACCUUUACCUGCUUAGAUACCACUGGCCAAGCCUUCGCCGUCUCGCUCAACGUCAUCUACCUCUUACCUUUGACUUUCCUUUUUCUCCGCUUCUUCGUGCGCUCUUACCUCCACCGAACUGAACAGGGUGGCAAACACCGAACGCACGUGCAUGUCGCUGAGAAGGCCGGAAUAGAUGCUUUCAAGGGAGUUAGCCGCGAAAUCCGGAACGCUGUUAUGGAGAUGCACGGCGAUGAGGGUGGGGCGACCGAUGUUGUAGAUGUAUCUGGCACCAGUACCCCACAUCCCGAAGCUUACGAAGCGAACAUCAACAGCAUCAUGACGGCCAAGCAACUAAACGCUGAGCAGUGGAGUGCUUCCAUUGACCCACACCCGCGCGGACCACGAUUAGCGGCUCCCUCGUAUGGCGCAGUGACCGCAGAAGGAACUGGAGCAACAUCAUCAACAUCAAUAACAUAAAAUCGACAUCACAUCAACUGGUUGGCGCGCCUGUCGAAUAGUCAAGGAGCAGCAGCGCGGCCACUUUCAAGUCACCAAGGGUUAAAAGAAGCGAACAAAGAAGAAUAGCAAGAGAUGGGUGGGGAACUGAGAAACUGAUUCCUGCUGAAAUGAAAUGAUUCCGCAACUGGUAGGUAAGGGGUGCAAAAUAUGCAUUUUAUUUCUUUCGAAGUUUGAAGGGAGAUGAGUGGGAACAAGAAGGAAAAGGGGAAAGAAAGAAAAAGAAACACCCUCGCUCGUUCGAGAGAGCGGGGGUGUUUUUUGGGUUGCCACGCUAACAUAAAUGCGGGAAACAAAGAAUGAUCCACUCUAGGGGAGUAUGACGGCUGACGGAAAUAUCCUUUAUUCUUUUUCUCAAUCCUGUGUUAUUCUCUUUUCUGCGCCUUUCCUUUUCUUUUUCUUUUGAUUCGACAUAUCAAUUGCAUUUUGUCUGUAUACAUAGGUCGGAUACGGAUGACCUGGGUGUUAAUUCGGAUGUCUUCCUAUUGGCCAUUUUUUCUUUGGGAUCCUGCUCUUAUUUUAUUAUUCUUGUUAGCAUUUUCUUCCAUGGGGGGGAGCUUUGAAAAUUCGUUAUUCAAAAAUUUUCGGAAAUCGAUAUGUCAAUUCUUACAUGUUCGAUGGGUGGUGGUUUUUGUUGGGAAUGCAGCUUUCUUGGGAAGAGGGUGGGAAUGGCGAAAGAGGCCAAAAAAAUUAGAGGGCGGGGAAACGUGGAAAAAUAAAAGUCAUCUUUGACUGGCGUUUAACAUGGACGGUAAAUGCUCUCUCCCACGUGUACCAUUCUUCCAGUUCUUCUGCUCAUGAUGGAUUUCAGGAUUAGCCAAGUUUAUCUUUUCCUCGCUUGGUUUGUUUGCUUGAUUUAGCUAUCUUAAUGAUCCUGCAAAAGUUC